AUGUCAAACAUGGCUCUGUUGACCGAGAAGAUUGGCAUCUUCGAAGAGAAACAAGGUGGAUUGAUCUAUAGCUACGACUCAGAGACUCUGUUCAUUCAACCGUGGUCUGCUCAUGCCUUUCGCAUCCGUGCCACGAAGCUCAGCUCCUUUCCCGAUCACGACUGGGCUCUGGAAGACAAACCUCGCGACUUGUGCACAGCAAAGAUCAACAUUCAUCCCGACAAGGCGACGAUCAGUAACGGCAACGUCAUUGCCGAGAUCUCCAAAACCGGCAAACUCACCAUUCGCAACGACAAAGGCAAAGUUCUGCUAGAAGAAUUCGCAAGAAACAGACGCAAUAUCCUGGAUGACAAGUGCAGUGCCAUAGAGAUCGAACCCCGAGAAUUCAAAGCCAAACAAGGAACCGACGAGUUUCAUCUGACAUGGCGACUCGAAUCCCUCAGCCGCGAUGAGAAGAUCUACGGUAUGGGCCAAUAUCAACAACCGUUUCUGAAUCUGAAAGGCCAGGACCUGGAACUCGCUCAUCGCAAUUCUCAAGCUAGUGUUCCGUUUGCGGUCAGUUCGUUAGGGUAUGGGUUGUUGUGGAACAAUCCUGCUGUGGGAAGAGCAAUCUUUGGCAACAAUGUCAUGUCCUUUGAAGCUUAUUCGACUAAAUGCCUGGAUGUCUGGAUCGUGGCGGGAGAUUCCCCAGCAGCGAUUGUGGAGAGUUAUGCUGGGAUGACUGGAUAUGCGCCCAUGAUGCCUGAGUAUGGACUUGGGUUUUGGCAAUGCAAGUUGAGGUACCAAACUCAAGAGGAGUUGCUCGAAGUCGCACGCGAAUACAAACGCAGGAGACUUCCCCUUGAUCUGAUCGUCAUCGACUAUUUCCACUGGCCCCUGCAAGGUGACUGGAAAUUCGACAAGACUUACUGGCCAGACCCUCAAGCCAUGGUGAAAGAACUCGAAUCCCUCGGCAUUGAACUUAUGGUUUCCAUCUGGCCAACAGUUGAUUGUCGAAGCGAGAAUUACGGCGAGAUGCUUCGACAAGGUUUCCUAGUACGUACCGAUCGGGGUAUUCGCAUCACAAUGGACUGGGAGGGAUAUGGUCUUUUCUACGACGCUACAAAUCCCAAAGCUCGUACUUUUGUGUGGGAGAAAGCUAAAGCCAACUAUACCAAGUACGGGAUCAAGGCUUUCUGGUUAGAUGUGGCCGAGCCCGAGUAUACCGCAUACGACUUUGACAACUACCGAUACUGGCUUGGUAACAAUCAAAGUGUGGGUAAUGUCUAUCCGAGAGACUAUGCCCGCACCUUUUAUGACGGACAAGAGAAGGAAGGCCAAAAGAAUAUCGUCAAUCUUCUCCGCUGUGCCUGGGCAGGAAGUCAGAGGUACGGCGCCCUUGUCUGGAGCGGUGAUAUUGCAUCGUCAUGGGACAGUUUCCGCAAUCAACUCGCCGCUGGAUUGAACAUGGGUAUGGCUGGAAUUCCUUGGUGGACAACAGACAUCGGUGGCUUCCACGGAGGCAAUCCUAACGAUGAGGGCUACCGAGAACUCUUCGUCCGCUGGUUUCAAUGGGGCGCUUUUCUCCCAGUCUUCCGCCUGCACGGUGAUAGAGAGCCACGGCAAUCACAACAAGGAACGACUGGAGGAGCUACAUGCAGAUCCGGCGCACCAAACGAGGUAUGGUCGUAUGGCCCAGCCGUGUACAAGAUUUGCGAAAAGUACAUGCGUAUCCGUGAGAUGCUUCGAGACUAUACUCGCGAACUCAUGCGCGAUGCUCAUGAACGAGGUUCUCCAGUCAUACGACCUGUGUUCUAUGAUUUUCCCCAGGAUGAGAAGUGUUGGGGUCAUGAUGUUGAAGAUCAGUUCAUGUUUGGUUGGAAGUAUCUGGUGGCUCCUGUGCUGAGUGCCUCCCAGAGGAAACGCUCAGUGUAUCUGCCUGCUGGGGAGACAUGGAAGACUUUUGAUACGGAGGAAACGUUCGAGGGAGGCAGGAGAGUGGAAGUCGAUUGUCCCUUAGAAUCUAUGCCGGUGUUUGUUCGUCAGUAG